GCUCGACCGAUCGUCUGCCACGUGUCCUAUCUACGUCCUCUCCCUUCCUCUCCAUCUCCAGAUGUGUCUGCUUCCUCUUUCGCUACAGAGGAGGACGAUGACUCUCUAUCGCUCUCAUCCCCUCCUGCAUCUCUCGCCCCUUCUCAUACCCCGUCCCCAUCGCCAUCGUCAUGAGUUUUCUCACUGAGCGAGCUCUCAGCGAUCACAUGCUGGCGCCACGUCGCGACAUUUCAGCAAUUCGACAAGUUUAUCAUCUGCGACCCAGUCCAGAUCUGCUCCGGCUCGUGCAGUUCUUUAGCACUACCGGGGUGUACGUGGCGGCGGAGUUCCGGUUCACAGGCCAUCGUCAAGCGAUCGUGUUGGCAGAGGCGACGACGGUUCGACGGUUGUCAGCACCGGGAGUUAGCCACGUGUCUACCAUCGCCAUCUUCAGCGAUGAUAUUAGUGCGAUGAACCCUCUACGACACACGGCCAUCCGGACGUCACUAACGGAGUGGGGCCAGCAGCUGGCAACAGAGUGGAAUCAGUGGCUUACGCGUCGCGACGACAAUCUUGUCCCCACGGACGACAUCCACGUCGGAGGGCUCCGAACGUCUUGGCACGAGCCGACGGUGAUCGUACAAGAGCUCACGAUUCCCCUCGCGCAGCUGGUCGACGAUCUCCCUCUCAAUAUCGUUUCGCAGUGUGACGAAAGCCCGGUCUCGCACGUCCUUUUACGAACUCUGACGCCCUACCUACAGUCGUCGGCCUGCCUCGAGGAGAAGGGGGGUAACAGCAACCCGCCAUCACAACGAGAAUACCUGGACCCGCGGAGGAUAAUCAACCUCGCCUUCUUUCAGCCUCGAACGGCCUCCGAAGACGAAGGGCUAACGCUAGAGGAGGAAGAAGAAGAGAACGUAGAGGAAGGCGCCGAGGAGGAAGAAGAGAAAACCCCGGAAGAAGGAAGUUACAAUGAGCAUACCGAGGGAGAACAGAGUGAAGAAGAAGAAGAAGAAGGAGAAGAGGACGAGGAGCAAAAGGAGUCUGAGUGGGAAGACUUGGGCGAGGAGGUGGACCAUACAGAGGUCCAGGAGGAAGAUCCAGAGGCGGUGGCGCGGCGCAGAGAAGAGAUCGUGGCCGGUAAGCAGCCGCUAGAGUACGCGAGUGGGACAAAUCUGCCAACCUUGGACGAUCCAACCAAGGAUCCGGAGCCACCCAAGCCAGAGGAUGGGACCUUGCUGCCGAGACUUCGAGCGCACCGGUCCGACGUCGACGAAGCCGAUCCCCCUCCCCCUCCACCUCCACCCGUCCACCAGUUCGAGUUCGUACCGAUGCGGGGCAUCGGGCUUCGUCCCCGGUCCUUAUCCCGUCGUCCCCUUGACCACCUCACCCUCCGCCAGAUCACCACCCGCAUCACCUUCCCCCGCAAUCCUUUCCAAUCGACACCUUCCGCUUUUUCUAUGCCACCCGUCUUGCUGUCAUGGUUCAUCCCCAUCCCUCUACCCGCUGUGCCACCCCGGUCUUCUGUCUCCACGCCCUUCUCUUCAGUGCCGCGUGGCGAGGCCACAACAUCAUCGAGGUUUACUGCAUGAUCACGAAGACUAUCCCCGCAUGCGAAAACCACGAUC